AUGCCAUCUGUGCCCUAUCGCCGUCCUCAGAGAAUUGCUAUAUCGCAUAUCCGCUACCGAAGCCCCGAGACGAAAGCGGCGACAGGCGUCCCGCGCAUGCGCCUCCCCUGUCAAACUACGUCGCGCCCACUUCCGGCGAGGUCCUCGUCUUUUGAUACCGUCGCUCUCAAGGCUGUCAACGUCAUUGAGGCACACCGGUCCCCUCUGUGUUGCAUUUCACUCAACGCCGAGGGGACGCUCCUGGCCACGGCCAGCGAGACGGGGACCAUCAUCCGCGUUUUCUCCAUCCCGAAGGGUCAGAAGCUCUACCAAUUCCGCCGCGGUACAUAUCCUUCCACCAUAUAUAGCAUGUCUUUCAACCUGAGCUCCACCCUGCUCUGCAUUUCUUCCACCUCGGACACGGUUCAUAUUUUCCGCCUGGGCGCCUCUCCAGCGAUAGCUACUGCGACAGCCGAAACACCAUCUUCGCCUCGACAGGACCGCUGGUCAAGGGCUCGCAGCCACGACAGCACCAACGAGUCUCCGGUCGGAAGUGCAGCUAAUUCUCCACGGAGUGAAGUGGCUGAUGGCGCGAGUUCGAGUAAUGGUGGCAACGACCAUGCCGCUCAGGCCCAUAGAAGGCAGAGUGGGUCGUUCAGCAGCAUGCUGCGUCGUUCUUCUCAGAUAAUGGGCCGAAGUGUGGCCGGCGUUGUAGGGUCCUACUUGCCGCAGACAGUUACAGAGAUGUGGGAGCCAACAAGGGACUUCGCUUACAUCAAGAUUCCCAAGUCAUCUCAACCGGGGCCGAUCACUUCGCGAGGUCUGAACAAUAGUGGAGGGGGAUCGUCCACUCCGUCCACUGGACCGCUGAGAAGUGUUGUCGCCAUGAGCAGUAACAGCCCUCAGGUGAUGGUAGUCACGAGCGACGGCGGUUUCUACGUCUUCAACAUUGACAUGGAGCAAGGCGGCGAAGGCUACCUGCUCAAGCAAUUCUCUGUUCUUGACAGCGAUGAUAAACUGGACGUUUCUGCAUACGGGGCUUGA